CAAGGUCCGGAGCGGGAAGGGGCUGGCUGGUCCGAUGGGAACGCCAGACCCCUCUGGAGCCAGGGGGCCUGGCCCUGGGGGGAGUGGAGGGGUAAUGGAGGAGUGAGUUCCUUCCCCGCUUCCUUCCAGGGUGCCCCCCUCGCAUUCUCUGCCCGCCGCCGCCCUCCCUUCCGACCAGGAGGGGCGAUCGCCCAGGAGCCCCGCGGGGUCACACGGGGCCGAAGACCGCCCGCGCAGUCUAGGCCAGGGCCCUGUGUCCGGGGACCCGCGGGCGGGUCUGCGGCGUUGGGGGGCGGUCCGAGCCCGGGACGGUAGGGGGCUGGACCCUUGGCCUGGGUCCCAGGGGGCGGCGCCGCAGCGCGGACCGGCCGGGUCCCUCCCAGGCGGGAGCAGAACAGGCGGUGCCCGGGCGGCCGCGGAGCUAUGGACGGCAGCGGGCCCUUCAGCUGCCCCAUCUGCCUGGAGCCGCUCCGGGAGCCGGUGACGCUGCCCUGCGGCCACAACUUCUGCCUCGCCUGCCUGGGCGCGCUCUGGCCGCACCGCGGCGCGGGUGGCGCCGGCGGGCCCGGAGGCGCGGCCCGCUGCCCGCUGUGCCAGGAGCCCUUCCCCGACGGCCUGCAGCUCCGCAAGAACCACACGCUGUCCGAGCUGCUGCAGCUCCGCCAGGGCUCGGGCUCCGCGCCCGGGCCCGGCUCCGGCCCGGCCCCGGCCUCGGCCUCGGCCUCGGCCCCGGAGCCCGCGUCGCCCAGCGCCCCGCCCAGCGCCCCGGAGCCUUCGGCUCCCUGCGCGCCCGAGCCCUGGCCCGGUGGCGAAGAGCCGGUGCGCUGCGACGCGUGCCCCGAGGGCGCCGCCCUGCCUGCCGCGCUCUCCUGCCUCUCCUGCCUCGCCUCCUUCUGCCCGGCGCACUUGGGCCCGCACGAGCGCAGCCCCGCGCUGCGCGGACACCGCCUAGUGCCGCCGCUGCGCCGGCUGGAGGAGAGCCUGUGCCCGCGCCACCUGCGGCCGCUUGAGCGCUACUGCCGUGCGGAGCGCAUGUGCCUGUGCGAGGCCUGCGCCGCCCAGGAGCACCAGGGCCACGAGCUCGUGCCGCUGGAGCAGGAGCGCGCGCUCCAGGAGGCCGAGCAGUCCAAAGUCCUGAGUGCUGUGGAGGACCGCAUGGAUGAGCUGGGCGCCUGCAUUGCACAGUCCCGGCGCACGGUGGCCCUCAUCAAGAGCGCCGCCGCAGCAGAGCGGGAGAGGGUGAGCCGGCUGUUCGCCGAGGCUGCAGCCAUCCUGCAGGGGUUCCAGACGGAGGUGCUGGGCUUCAUCGAGGAGGGCGAGGCCACCAUGCUGGGCCGCUCCCAGGGGGACCUGCGGAGGCAGGAGGAACAGCGCAGCAGGCUCAGCCGGGCCCGCCACAACCUCAGUCAGGUCCCUGAAGCCGACUCAGUCAGCUUCCUGCAGGAGCUCCUGGCACUCAGGCUGGCCCUGGAGGAGGGGUGCGGCCCUGGGCCCGGCCCCCCGAGGGAGCUCAGCUUCACCAGAUCAUCCCAAGCCGUGCGGGCGGUGAGAGAGCUGCUAACGGCCACCUGUGCCAGCCAGUGGGAGCAGCUGCGGGGGCUGGGCACAGAAGCCGAUGCUGAGUCCCAAGACCCCGAUAGCACCAACCACUUGGAGAGUGAGGCUCCCAGGGACUACUUCCUCAAGUUUGCCUACAUCGUGGACCUGGACAGCGACACGGCAGACAAGUACCUGCAGCUGUUUGGAACCAAAGGUGUAAAGAGGGUGCUGUGUCCCAUCAACUACCCCGAGUCACCCACUCGCUUCACCCACUGCGAGCAGGUGCUGGGUGAGGGUGCCCUGGACCGGGGCACCUACUAUUGGGAGGUAGAGAUCAUCGAAGGCUGGGUCAGCGUGGGGGUCAUGGCCGAAGACUUCUCCCCACAAGAGCCCUAUGACCGGGGCCGGCUCGGCCGCAAUGCCCACUCCUGCUGCCUGCAGUGGAACGGACGCAGCUUCUCCGUCUGGUUCCACGGGCUGGAGGCGCCCCUGCCCCACCCGUUCUCGCCCACCGUCGGGAUCUGCCUAGAAUAUGCCGACCGAGCCUUGGCCUUCUAUGCUGUGCGGGAUGGCAAGAUGAACCUUCUUCGGAGGUUGAAGGCCUCCCGGGCCCGCCGGAGCAGCUCCCUGUCCUCCUCCAUUGACCCCUUCCAAAGCCGCCUGGACAGCCAUUUUGCAGGGCUCUUCACUCGCAGGCUAAAGCCUGCCUUCUUCCUGGAGAGUGUGGACGCCCAUCUGCAGAUGGGGCCCCUGAAGAAAUCCUGCAUAUCUGUGCUGAAGAGGAGGUGAUGCAGGGGGGCAUGGGGCCUCCUGCCGUGUCCCAGCUCCUGGGAAGCUUGCUUCUCUGCACCCCCAUCUUGCCCCAGUGAACGCACCUUGGGGUCCCCCACAUCCCCAGACUUCUCCUCCCUGGAGGCCUCACCUUCCGUAUACUUGGCCUUCCCCCCCCAGGCCCCUGGAAGUGCCCUCAGACCCUGUCUCCCUAUGGGCCUUGUUUCUGGGACAGAAAGCCAGAGCUGGGACAGAUCCAGGCUACCCCAACCCUUCUUUUUCCACGUUCCUAGGACAGUGCCUGGCACAUAAUAGGUGCUGAAUAAACAUGUGUUGAAUGAA